CGGGAAUCGAGCGCGACGUCGGGAGGUGGCCCGAUCAAGUGCACGAAUGGCGUCAGCAUGCUGGGGUGCGCGUAUGCGUUGAGCGGAUGGGCGAGGUAGGCCUUCGACGGCGUGAUAGUGGACACAUACGGGGUGACCAUGCUUGACGGCGGGACAGCGCGAACGGUGUGAGCCGCAUAUGAUGGAGGGCGGACAGAGGGGUCGAGGUUUGCUGAGGGCGGAGGUUGAUGAGGGGAGAAGACUGGUAGUCGCCAGGCUCGAGGGUUGCUGGGGACGUAGGCUCGCAGUAUUGGGCUUGAGGGCGGUGAUUCCCCGUCACCGAGUCGCGACGCGGCUCAGGCUGGCGUCUCGUCGUGAGGGAUGAUGUCCUGCUUCAGUUGAUAUGCAUUCGCGUGUCCCUGCUGUCGGAAAGAACGCGUGCGUGGCGAGGACAAGCACCAACAAAACACGCGCGCUCGUCCUGAUGCCGGGAUGUCGACUGGUCGAGAUGGACGUAGGGCUCGGUGAAGGACGACGGUGGUGGUCUGUAACGAGUAGUUAGGCCGUCGAAACUAGAGGAACACUUACCCACGUUCUGCUCGACUUGCUCCUCGGAUAGUGUUGCAC